UAUACUUUAUAUUCUAUGGCAGCAAGUCUUGAAAAAUCAGGCUUCUUAACUCACAUCAGAACGAAUCGAAGCCGUCUAUCACCGUGUUAUAGGCCAAUGGUUGUUACGAUGGUUCGAAACCAAUCUUAUUGUGUGUCAAAUGAAGUCGAAAUCAAAGAGUACCUAAAAAAGGCUCUUCCCAUUAGGCCACCAUUUUCGGUUUUUGAGCCGAUGCAUCAUUUGACGUUUACCGCUCCACGGACUAAAGCGCCGGUGUUGUGCAUUGCUGCAUGCGAACUGACCGGCGGUGACCGGAGCCGAGCCUUAGCUGCAGCUGCAGCUGCAGCUCUACAUCUCAUGCAUGCUGCAACAUUUACCCAUGAGAACCUACCAGUGACAGACAGGCCCAGGCCCAAACCAGAAGUCCCACACAAAUUCGGCCCAAACGUUGAGCUUCUUACUGGAGACGGGAUUAUGCCAUUUGGGCUUGAGCUGUUGGCUAGGUCCAUGGACCAGGCCCAAAAUGAUCCAGAUCAGAUCCUUAGGGUUAUUGUAGAGAUCACCCGGGCCAUAGGCUCACAGGGCAUGAUAGAUGGGCGAUACCGAGAACUGGAAAUGGAUCUAUCACAGGAAAAUACGGGUCGGGUUAUGGAUUACGUAUGCGAGAAGAAAAAAGUUGAGUUGCAUGCAUGUGGAGCAGCUUGUGGAGCUAUAUUGGGUGGCGGAGAUGAAGUGGAAAUUGAAAAGCUGAGAAAAUAUGGGGAUUAUGUUGGAAUGAUUCAUGGGAUGUUAAAUGGAAUAGGGAAAAAUAAAGAGGGAUUAAUAGAAGAAAAAACAGAGAGAUUGAGAAUUUUGGCUCUUAAGGAAUUAGAAAUCUUCAAAGGGAAGAAUGUUCUGAUUUCAAGUCUUUGUUCAGCAUAAUACGUCUUAGAUCACUUUAGUCAAAUUUAUUUGAAUGUUUAUAAUUGAAUGAAAAAAUGGAAAAUAAA